AGGGCUCGGGCGGGCCUGGCGGGCGAGAGAAAGCGGACUAGAUCUGUGCCAGGUGCUCCCCGCUCACAUGACCACGCCCCCUCCGGCCUCCGUCACGUGACCGCGAAUGCGGAGGACGUCUUCCUCACGUGACGCAGGCCCCGCCGUGUGGACCAAUGAGGAGGCUGGGGCGGGGCUGUCAGGGGCGGUGCGCGCGAAGAGAACCGGGGCGGUCUACGGUUGGGAGGCCCGGAGGGAAGUCACUACGAGGCCCGUUUGCGCCCCGCCGCCGGCCAGCCGCCAGUCUCAGCUCGGUCGCCGGCCAGGCCCGGCCUCGGGGCUGGGGGCGGCAUGAAGUGUUUGGUCGCGGGCGGCAACGUGAAGGUGCUCGGCAAGGCCGUCCACUCUCUAUCCCGUAUCGGUGACGAGCUCUACCUGGAGCCCCUGGAAGACGGGCUCUCUCUCCGGACGGUGAACUCCUCCCGCUCCGCCUAUGCCUGCUUUCUCUUUUCCCCGCUCUUCUUCCAGCUGUACCAGGCGGCCACCCCUGGUCAGGACCCGCCUCGCUGUAAGAUCCUGAUGAAGUCGUUCCUGUCCGUCUUCCGCUCGCUGGUGAUGCUGGAGAAGACCGUGGAGAAAUGCUGCAUCUCCAUAAAUGAGAGGAGCAGCCGCCUGGUGGUCCAGCUGCACUGCAAAUACGGGGUGAGGAAGACUCACAACCUGUCCUUCCAGGACUGUGAGUCCCUGCAGGCUGUCUUCGAUCCAGCCUCGUGCCCCCACGUGCUCCGGGCCUCGGCAAAGGUUCUGGGGGAGGCUGUUCUGCCCUUCCCCCCUGCACUGGCUGAAGUGACGCUGGGCAUCGGCCGUGGCCGCAGGGUCAUCCUGCGCAGCUACCAGGAUGAGGAGGCAGACAGCACCGUCAAAGCCAUGGUGACGGAGAUGAGCAUUGGGGAGGAGGAUUUCCAGCAGCUGCAGGCCCAGGAAGGGGUGGCCAUCACUUUCUGCCUCAAAGAGUUCCGGGGGCUCCUGAGCUUCGCAGAGUCAGCAAACUUGUCUCUUAGCAUUCACUUCGAUACCCCGGGCAGGCCAGCCAUCUUUGCCAUCAAUGACUCUCUGCUGGAUGGCCACUUUGUCCUGGCCACGCUCUCGGAUCCACCCCCAAACUCCCAGGACCUACUCUCCCUAGAGGCCCGCCGGCCAGCGCCUCAGCUCCAGGCUCACAGCACCCCACACCUGGAUGACUUCGCCAGUGACGACAUUGACUCGUACAUGAUCGCCAUGGAAACCACUGUGGGCAGUGAGAGCUCCCGGACACUCCCGUCCAUUUCCCUCUCACCUGGCCUCCAGCCCCCCUGCCACUCGGAGGAGGAGGAAGAUGAAGCUGAAGCUGAGCUCAGUACAGUGCCCGGGACCCCCCCGCCCAAGAAGUUCCGCUCGCUGUUCUUUGGCUCCAUCCUGGCCCCCGAACACUCCCCGCUGCACCCCAGCCCCGUGCUGGCUGAAGACAGUGAGGGCGAAGGCUGAACCGAGAACCUCUUCUGUGUCUGGGGGCCGUGGGCUUCGUGAAGCCACAGCCUCCCGCGUCUCUGGGCUGGCCGGGGCAGGGCUGGGUCUCUGCCCUGGUGGUGGGACAGGUGGGCUGGGCUGCAGCUGAGCUGGCUGGUCCUGCUGUGUGUGUCCCCGUGCCCUGAGUGGCUAUUGGAAACUGGCCUAGGCCUUGUCCAGGUCCUCCCAACCGCCCACCAAUCAUGUCUGCUUCCAGGCUUGGCCCUGAAGGGAGGUCCACCUUCCAACCUUGUGGCCCAAGCUGGACACACCUGUCUCCCCUAAGAAAAGGAAUCACAGCGAGCCUGCUGGCCCAUGCCAACCCACCUUGUCUGCCAAUCAUGACCUGCCCCUCCCCCAAUCCUGGGCUUACCUCUGGGAUCUGCUAUGGCCGACGGACUGCUGUUCUUGCCUUUUUUCAAGAUUCUUUGGCCCCAGCCGGGAAU